CUCGGAUACCAACGGUAGUACUAAUGAUAUGGCAGUGGAGUAAAUACCUGAUACACCGUGAUAAUUUCCCAUCAUUAGGUCUAUGUUAAUAGACGCUAAAUACGGAAAUGGCGCGAAAAAAUAGUAGGCGCAUAAUGCAGGAUUCAAACAGAUUACUAUAACAAUCUGUCAUGAGAGUAAUGCUUUUACGGUCAAAGAGUUAGAAAUUUUCUCACUGAUCGAAUUAAACAUCUACAAACGGAUCGUCUGAGAUGACUUCAAUAUCAACACCAUCGUCUUUAAAGUCAGAACCAUUAUCGACAAAGACCGACAGCGUCGAGCAGGGACCGGAGCCGGUACAUAAACAUGUGGUCAAACGUGUACAAGCACCGAAACAAGAGGAACUUGAUUUCAUUAAGAGAACAUGUGACCCAUGUAAGUUUGAAAAUAAAGAAAGUAAAGCGCAAGGGUUUUGCCGUGUUUGUAGAGAAUACCUAUGUGAAAAAUGUGAAAAAUUUCACCGAAAGUUCCAGGCGACACGAAGCCACAAAAUAGUUCAUGGUGUUCUGAUGCCUAAACCGGUGAAGAAGUCCAUGACAACAUGCGAAUAUCAUAAAAACAACCCCGUCGAAUAUUUUUGUAAAGAUCACGGUGACGUCAUUUGUCUUGAUUGCAAAGAACUCAAGCAUAAAAUCUGCAACAGUGUCGUCUCUAUAGAAUUCUUUGGAAGUACUGAAAUUGAUAAGAGGGAGUUUGAGAAGGUGAAACAAGAAAUGAAAACAGUAGUUGAAGAUUUCAAGAAUGUCUUAGUUCUAAGAAAACAAGACCUAACUGAUUUGGAAGAAGAGAGAGACAAAUGUAGAAAUGCUAUAAAGGACAUAAGAGAUGACUUUAACACACUACUGGAUAAACUUGAAGAAGAGUUACAAAAUGAAGUGAAAACGAUUUAUGGAAAUGAGGUUCAAAUAAUGAGAGAUCACGUUGAAAUGUGUGAAAAGGCAAUGAAGACACUGAACGGUGUGAUUGAGAAUGUCACUGAAGUGAAGAAGACUGAAGAUAACAUAGCUACCUUUGCUAUGUUCACGAAAGCGAAAAGAAAAUUAACAGACUAUGAAAAGGUUUUGAAAGAUGUAAAAAGAGAAGCCUAUAUUCCUGAAAUUGACAUUAUUCGUGAUCAAGAAGUAGUUGAAAGCCUGAAGAAAAUAGUUACAUUAGGAGAAACCAAAGUAAAGACAAUUCCAAAGGCAUUUCACAUAAGUCUGAGCAAUCUGAAAAAAGAAAAUAUGAGGGUGGUUGAAACACUUGUCCAUUCUGUUCGUAUGCCUGGUGACGAUAACAAACACGAUUGUGAAAUAACUGGAUCAGCCUUUCUUGACAAUGGAACGCUCGUUAUUUGCGACAAACAUAACUACAAAGUCAAACUUCUAGAGCGCCACUUUCAAUGUAAAUAUGAUUUCGAGCUAAAUGGAGCUCCUUGGGAUGUUGCUGUCGUAAACGACAAAUGGGUGGUCGCUACUCUACCUUUUGUGAAGAAAUUGCAAUUUCUCCAUGCCGACAUAUUCGAAGGUAUCACCAAAGGUAGGACCAUCGAAACAGAUCGAAUGUGCUGGGGUGUUGCAGUUUCAAAAGAAGAUAUAUUGAUCUCGUGUCACGACAACCCAGGAAAUGGUAAAAUACAUGUUUUGGAUAAACGCGGACACACAAAGAAGAUAAUUGGACCGGCGUCGGAAGACUCGGCAUUCAUGCUCGAAAUGCCUUCAUAUCUGGCAGUUAGUUUCGAAGGAGAAAAGGUAUUCGUUGCAGAUGGUGACGUGAAGCCUACGGUAACUUGUUUGUCGAGAAAGAAUGGACAAAUCAUAUACGAUUACUGUGCAUCCAAUUUCGGUUAUUCUAUGCAGACAAACGUCGCAGUUUAUCAAAAUCCUUGGUCGUUUAAGAUUAUUGUUGACAAAGACGAUUAUGUGUUUGCAAACCUUGGAGAUAAGGAGAUGAUUCAAGUCAUAACGGACACAGGUGUGAAGCACAGUACUCUCCUGAGGAACACGGAACAGUUGUUCGGUCCUCAUACAAUGUCUUACCGAGAGUCUGAUGCGACCCUCAUCAUAGGACUGUGGGAUCAAAUACAAUCUUUUAGAUUUAAAGAGAUUGAAAUUAAAACAUAGUCUUUGUAGACAUUAUGUCGUCUAUUCUGUUUAGCCAAACAGUUGCUGAAAACUGCCCUUGAACAGUAACCUCUACCGUCUUUUCAUUUCAAUAUAAACAUUUGCAGCGUAUUUGCACAAACACCUGUACAUUAUGGUCACUUUGGCUCUUCUAAGCGUUUUCUUUCUACAUAACUUUGAAUGCAGUUGUUUUCACAUAUAAUUUUAUCUUCUAAAACUUUUCUUACAAUUUUGUAUUAUUCUUUUAUUGAUUAAAUACAAGAGUACAUAUUUCA